UCGAGGUCACCAGAGGUCAGUAAGAUGGCUGUCAGUGGUUUUUAGGUGUUUUGCGUUUGUCUCCACCUUUUCUGAGGCGUUUCACGGAAAAAAAUAGGACCAUUCUGAGGUUUCACCAUGGAGCCAGGCAGCUACGUCCGUGUUCUGUUUGACUUUGAGACGUACGAGCCAGGAGAGCUGUCCCUCCGGACGGGUGAUGUGGUCCGAGUGGUGCGACAGGUCAACCAGGACUGGCUGAAAGGGGAACUGGACAGCAUGUCAGGUAACUUCCCAUGUAACUUUGUGGAACAAGUUCCUGUGCCUGCUGUCAGACCAGGGCAGAGACUGGCAGUUGGAAUAGAAGACUUCCCUGCACAACAAGACGGAGACUUAGACAUUAGAAAAGGGGAUAUAAUCCUGAUAACAGAAGACAUAGAUGGAAACUGGUACCGAGGGGAGUGUGGAAACAAGACAGGCAUCUUUCCUUCUCUGUUCUGCAAGGACCUCCCUGCCCCCAGAUCUCAGGACAGUACCAUCCCGGCAGAAAAGGCAGAAGACGUCCUGGGGCAGGCAGAGGUGUUACAGGACCUCCAGGCUCAGUUGGAUGAGGAGUUGACUCUGUACCAGGGAGACAUUGUCAAUAUUACCAAAGUAGUGGACCAGGAUUGGUAUGAAGGGGAGAUAGCCGGCAGGACUGGGAUUUUCCCUUCAGCUUUUGUGAAGCUUAAAGGACCACUGAAGGGACAGACACAGAGUAUAGUAGACAGUUUGCCCUCAGAUGAUUCAGAUUCAGAAUCUGAGGAUGAGGAUGAGAUGCCAUGUGCGAGGGCAAUCUUCCCAUUCCAGGGUAAAGACAGCACAGAACUAACAUUCAAGGAGGGGGACAAAAUCACAUUGUUGAACAGAUAUGAUGAAGACUGGAUUGAGGGGGAGCUUGAUGGAGAAAUAGGAAUUUUCCCAGCAACCUUUGUUGAGGUGAUCAUUGAUCUGCCUCGGUUUGAUGAUGAGGGGAAUGAGAUUACCCAGGAUGCUCUGCAGGCAGGGCAUUCUGAAACAUCCCAAGGUGCAUUGCAAAGUGGUGACAUGAACAGCCAGAAGGAAACUGUUGAAAUGUCAGGAACUGGGCAGCCUUCAGUUCAGGACCCCUAUGCAGGGCAGACAGCACGUGCCUUGUUCAGAUUUGAUGCUGCAGAAAGGACAGACCUCCCUCUGGAGGAGGGAGAAACCGUCACAAUCAUUAGCAAAGUAGAUGCAGACUGGUUCGAGGCGAGGAAGCCGACAGGCCAAAGUGGGCUUGUACCUGUCGGCUAUCUGGAAGUGAUGGAACCAGGCAGUGAAACGGGAGGGAAGGACUUCAAUGACAUCUCAUCACAGCAAGACAAAAAUUCAGGGAAACAUGCCAGGGCUUUGUUUGAGUUUGAGCCGAGUGUAGAGGCAGAUAUCAGACUUAUCAAAGACCAGUUGUACAGGAUCGUACGUGUGGUGGAUAAGGAUUGGAUGGAGGUACAAGAUGAGGCUGGCCAGGUUGGUGUUUGCCCUGCGUCAUACUUACAAAUCAUGGAUGGCAGUGUUCCUCAGGAAACACAACCUGAAGUGGCAAGGACUAUGGAACAAUCAAAGCCUGCUGAGAGUAAGUCUCAGCUGGACAAGCCUUACAAGCCUGGAGUUAAACCUAAACCUGGGAUGAAACCUAAACCUUCUGUACCAUCAGGGAAGCCCACAGUCACAGCUGAAAAACCCUCAGGGGUGAAGGUGUUGGACCAAAAGCCUAUGCGAGCCACUGCUGCUGCUGCUAGUCACGGCCCUAUUGCUGCUGUUCAGGCCAGCCUGGGGCCUUCCCGCAUGAGCCUGGACUCUGACACAUCAGGCUACAGCUCAGGGUACAGUCAGGAAGACCUGACAGGGCAGAGACAGUCUGCCACACUGCCUGCAGCCCAGUACACUCCACAACCACAGGAACAGCCCCCGGCCCCUGUCAUACCAUCCAGGAAAGCCCCUCCAAGACCACAGCAGGUACCCCAGUCCCAGAGGAAGGUACCCCCACCCCGACCGGCUCAACCCAAGAGGCCCCCACCUCCCUCUCAGGCACGACACGUCCAGCGGCCCCCCUCCCCAGUCAUUCCCAGGCAACGCAACACCAUAUGGUAUGUGGAGCUGCCAGAAGGCCUGGCCAGCCCCCUGGUGCCGACCUCUGGUGCAGCACCAGGCAGACCUGCUCCCAGGAGGAAGGACACUGCUGGACCUCGACCACCAAGGCCAACGUCAUCUGUGGAACCUCAGAGGUCAGCUGGAGGUCAAAGGCCCUCAGUCCCUCAGAGACCACACAGCAUGGCAGUGCCUGCAAGGAAGGGGGCUGACCUGAUUGACCUUGGGCAGAGCUUUGACGGGCAGGAUGCUGAGGAUGGGUUAGAGGUUGAUGAAGGAAUGAUACAGAGCCUACAGGAAAGGAUAGCCCAGGUCGAGGCUGACCUUUUGACUUACGAGGGGCAGAAACAGGAACUAGAGGCUCAGCUGGCCUCCGCGCAGGGGUCAGAGGUCGAACAGGCUCAGGAAAACUUGGAAUUCUGCAAUUCAAACAUUGAGGGCCUGACAGCUGAGUUGAAUGAGUUGAGAGACAACCUGAGGUACAUCGCUCCUCCUCCCCGGGAACAGGCAGAGGCUGGGGUUUCACUGGAGGAGAUCAGGAGGAAGAAAGCUGAGAAGAGAGACAGGGUUGUCCAAGAGAUCAUCCAGACGGAGCGGGACUACGUGAGAGACCUGCACGUGAUCACCCAGGGCAUGCUGGUCCCGCUGCGGGAGGAGAAGUUCCAGACGGCAGAGCUGAACGUCCUGUUCGGGAACAUCGAGGGAGUCCAGGACCUGGCGCAGCGCUUCCUGCCAGCCCUGGAGCAGAGCGUGGAGGGGGUCGCCCCCGAGGAACAGAGACUCGGAGAAACCUUCCUCAGGUUCUCCGCAGAUCUGGAGGAGACGUACAAGCUGUACUGUCGUAACCAUGACGAUGCCCUGGCUCUCUUGGAGAAAUACGAAGAGAUCGAGGAAAUCCAGGAGUCUAUCACGAGGUGCCUGGGGGCGAUGGCUGGAACUGCAGUCAGCAUGUGGAAUAAUAAUGCAACGUCAGAAGGUCAGACACUGGACUCUGCCACUCUGGAUAAAGUUGCGCUGAAGGAGAAGUGGAGGAUGGCAGUGAUUGACCUGAGCUCGCUGCUCAUCAAACCUGUGCAAAGAGUGCUGAAGUAUCCGCUGUUGCUGAACGAGCUGCUAAGUACCACAGAAGAUGACCACCAGGACAAAGCCAACAUCCUGGCAGCUGUCAACAGGAUGACGGACGUUGCCACGGCGAUUAAUGAGGACAAGCGGAGGAAAGACCUGGUGAUGAAGUACCGUAAGGUGGACGACGACGUCACGCUCAGCCAGAAAAUCUCCAAGCUCAGUUUCCAUUCCAUACGGAAGAAGAGCUCACGAUUCACAGGUCGUUUGAUCCACAUGAUGGGCCAGUCUGAGCUCAGUGUGGAUGAGCGGUUCAACGAGGCCGACAGGAAGUUCCAUAACAUGGAGAAAACCAUCAAGGUGUUCAUCAGGAACGUCAGUGAAAACCUCAGGCAGAUGCAGGAGGGACUUCAGGCACAACUUUUGGUUGCAGAGGACAUCACAGACUUCUAUGCUGAGAAGGCCAACAGGCAGGAGAUAGAGAACUACAGGACAGCCUACAGGACUAUUGUCAGCACCCACCUGCCAAAAUAUAAAACAUUUGUGGAAGAGCGAGUGGUGAGCCCCCUGACAUCACUGGUGCUGAUGUACCAGGCUCCCAACAAGCUGAUCCAGAAGAGAUAUGACAAGAUGUUAGACUACGACAACAAGAGGAAGAACUCCGAGAAGGCCAAAGGUUCAGACAAGAGCAGGGCAGCUCAGGAGGACCUCAAGAUUGCUAAGAACACCUACGAGGCCCUGAAUGCCCAGCUCCUCGAUGAGCUGCCCAAACUACACACCAUGUCCACAGCCCUGCUGCAGGACUGUAUCAAGAACUUUGUCAUCGCUCACAAGAACAUCCAGGACGCUGCUCGCAAGGAGCUCUAUGCUUUGUUACAGCUGCCAGUCCUUCUGUCGGAAGGAGACGACAUCCUGGAGUCCUUCCAGACCAGACACACCCAGGUUGUGGAGCAGCUGUCAUCGGUCAGUUUUGCUGGACAGGGUCUGGGGUCCUCCAAGAGACCCGACAAGGGAGACAGAAAACAGAGCAGGAAGUCUUUGGCAGAGCCAGCUCAAGAUCAGAGUGGAGGUCCCCAGACUGAUGCACAGAAGGCCCAGCUCCAAGCCCGGUACCCAGGCUCCCUGUACAAGGCCACAAAGCAGCACACACCUACCCAGCCCAUGGACCUAAGUAUAGCUGAAGGGGACCUGAUAGGGGUUAUCAAACAGCAGGACCCCAUGGGUGGACAGGAUCGCUGGUUUGUCGACAACGGCGAACAGAAAGGCUUGGUUCCAUCAAAUUGCCUGACUCCUGUGACAGAAGAGCCACCUACCAGCAGCUCAAUAAUUGCACCUGACAUGGACCUACUCGGUCCAGAGCCAUCUGAGGAGCCGCCAACGUAUGCUGCAGGUGCUGGGGACGAUGGGAGUGCAGGACCAGAAACGGAAGAAACAACGUACCAAUAUUAUGCAGAGUAUGGGUUCUCUGCCCGCGCAGAGACAGAACUGACAAUCCACGAGGGUCAGGUGGUCACUGUUCUCCAACCUUACGACCUACAGGGGAAUCCUGAGUGGUGGUUGGUCCAACACGAGGGGGGACAGGGCUACGUACCUGCCAAUUAUCUCAACAGGAGGGAGGUUUAAAACAGAAUCUGUACUGUAUGGGCAAAAGUAGAACUUGGAAAGCUCCAACCAUGGCACAGACAUCCCUUGAAAAAUUAAAAUAGUAGCCUGGUUUUGAGCCCUUUGAGAAGAAGAGGAAACAUUGAAUUUGUGCAGUAUAUGCUUGCUGAGGUUGUAGCAGACUGCUUAACAAAUGUACCAGUACAUUUUAUUGUCUGUUCGGCAUUUUAGCAUCCUUAUCUAGGGGUUACAAUUGCUAGUCAAAGAAAAAGGCUGUAUACAUGCACUUCUGAACUGCUAUGUCUGGAAAAGUAGCAAUGUACAUGUAGCUCUUGAUUAUUGUGGUUGGUGUUUUGCUUCAUCCUGCCAUUCACCAUGCCUUAUGUCUGCCCCAGCUUAGUUGCUGGAGUAGUAACAUUUGGACACAGGUGAACAGGCAUGUGGACACAUUAUAUGGAAAGAACAGUUUUAACUCUGCCCUGUUGAAUGUAGGAAUUCUAUUUUUUCUGUGGAAAACCAAUGCUCAUUCAGUGUUCAUACAUGUAGUCUGAGUGUGGAGGUGGGUACUAUGGUAAUGCAAUCAUGACUGGAACUGGAAGAUUUUCCACGGUUUGAGAAAAAUUACUUUUAUACUGUGGACUUUUGUGUCAAUCAGAUACAUUGUAGAUAGAUAAGAUUGUGUAGCAAUUUGUGAUAGCGAGGUUUUCUACUGCACAGUGUAAGGAUAAGAUGUAUAUUUUCAUGAUAAUCAGUGAAUAAUGCAGAAUAUUCAGUGCAACCGUGUCUACACGUGUAAUAUAUAAGUGUGAGGCCAAUGACAUUAUACUACAUAAUGUCCUUGGUGAGCCUAAAUGCUAUGUACUUUUUAGAAAUUUCUACUAGAAAUUUAGCAAUGAUUAACUCAGAAAACCAACAUUAUUCUAGAGAAUUUUUCCUUCUCAAAUACAAGAACCUCAUUUUUCUUAUUGAGUUGUAUUUCAAUGUAGCAUUUUGUUAAUUACAUUAUAUUGUAAUUGUCUAUUCAAGGUACAUUGUACUGGUAUUUCAUUGUAGAAAUACAGCAGUUAAUCAAUACUUCAUGCAUAUGGAAGGUACAUGUACAUCUCAGCUUGCAUUUGUUAACAUAGCAAAAAUAUUUCACAGACUUAAAUGAUUUUGUAACUAUAACUAUUAUAGAGGGGCCUCACAAAGUGUAAUGUUUUUUUUAAAUAUCGUAAUACAUGUAAGGUAAAAUCAUUCCCCUCUAGUGGAAAUAGUCCAUUUUUGUCGUGCUGCAAGGAGAAAAUAUAAUUACUAUGGUCACAUGGUGUAUUUUCAGCUGUAUUGUAUUGUAUGUACAUGUAUUUCUAUUUUUCCAUGGUUUGAUUUUUUGUACCCUUAUAUGGUUCAUAAGUAAUAGGCAGGACACAAUCAAAUAUUGCUUCAUGAUGAAGGAAUGCCACUGUACCAGUUUGUAUUGCACUGUAAUUUGCCAAACAAUCGGGGAGAAAUGAGUCUCUUCAAAUAUUAUUUUGUGAAAACAUCACUUUUUUAUUAUGAACAGCAUCUUUGGUAUUUCUGAUCUAUGUGUCUGCAACACUCAAAUCCAUUAUGUAGUCGGAAGAAAAACUGACAUAGUGUGCAUUUGGUGUAAAAGCAAGGUAAAAACAGUUUGAAACCACAGAAUGACACCAUUUUCUCAUUAAGAUCAAUCCUUUGUAGGAUCAAGGGUGUUCUGAUAGAACGUCCUUGGUAGGAUUGAGUUGUUUUCUGUAAGAAAUAUAUGAAAGAAGAUAAAGUGUACUUAAGCUUUCAUCGAUUUUAAAAUGUACUUAGUAUUUUCAUAUAUCGACUUAUAUGAUGAGCAUAUUAUUACCACAGUGAAUGUGAUUACAUUGAUACGAAUAUAUUUGCAAGCGAGUGAAAGAAAUACUUCAUGUGGUGAUCUCUGGUG